AGUAGGCAGCUUAGAGGACACUCAGAAGCCAUUUCUAAAUUCUUAAUUCUUGCUUUCACCUUCGUUUUGGGUUUAGGCUGCGGAUCUGUCUUGAACGUAAAUGGUGAAGUUGAAAUGGAUGCCAGUAUCAUGAAUGGAAAAGACCUGUCUUCAGGAGCCGUGUCUGCGGUCCGAUGUAUCGCAAAUCCCGUUAAGCUUGCACGGCUUGUUAUGGAAAAGACACCUCACUGCUUACUGACUGACCGAGGCGCCGCAGAAUUUGCAGCCGCCAUGGGGGUCCCAGCCGUUCCUGGGGAGCAGCUGGUAACAGAGAGAAACAGAAAACACCUAGAGAAAGAGCAGCACAAGAAAGAUGCUAAGAAACCACACCAAGAAAAAAACUUGGGAACCGUGGGCGCUGUUGCCGUGGACUCCAAAGGAGACGUGGCUUGUGCCACCUCAACGGGGGGCACCAUGAAUAAAAUGGUCGGCCGAGUCGGGGACACACCCUGCAUAGGAUCCGGAGGCUACGCUGACAAUGACAUUGGAGCCAUUUCAGCAACGGGGCACGGGGAGAGCAUCCUGAAGGUGAAUCUAGCCAGACUCACUCUCUUCCACGUACAGCAAGGAAAGACAUUAGAAGAGGCUGCUGAUAUAUCGCUGGGUUACAUGAAGUCAAAGGUCAAAGGUCUAGGUGGUGUCAUCCUGGUCAACAAAGCAGGAGACUGGGCAGUCAAGUGGACCUCGGAGUCCAUGCCCUGGGCGGCCGCUCAGGACGGCAAGCUGCACUCGGGCAUCGACCUUCACAAGACCAGCAUCACUGACCUGCCCUAAGCCCCCGCAGACUGUAUCCCAGGCGCCAGCCUGCAGGUGAAGGA